AUGACGCGGCUUCGAUCUGCCCUUGUCGAUGCUUUGAUCUCAGCAGCCAACUCACUGCCGGAGGAGGGACGACAGGCGGCCGAAGCUCGGGUUGUGGACAGCCUCGACGCAUUCUUCGACGACGCGCAGUGGAAAACGGCGGUUCAGCAGAUGCAGACUCUGAAGAAAGAGAUGCCGGACAUUGGAAAGGAGUGGGCCGUCUUCGAAGGGGAAGAAGCUCGCAACCUUCUCCCUGGACACCAACACCACCGCAUUGAACGUCUCUUCCGUCCCCUUUCUCCAACCACGGCGAAUUACGAAGUGUUCACAUCCCGCGGCAAGAUCCGAGCAAAACACGUCGUCUACGCAACAAACGCCUGGACCCCACACUUCGUGCCAGGGUUGCAGCGCGCCAUCCGCGGCGGUCGUCUGCACAUGAGCGCCGAGCUCGGUGGGAGCGGCCUCCCCAAAGCAGGCGCCUGGCACUCCUACACCGACAAUGGCAGCUUGCCCGGCGGACGCGCCUGGUCGCUGCUCCGAAACGGCCUUGACUACGUCGUCCAGAUGCCGCGCAACGGCGAGUAUAUGUUCGGCGGCGAUAUCAACACAGGCAGCGCAAACACACCGGACAUAUUGAGUGACAGCGGCCCGCCGGACCACAUCACUGCUUCGUACCUUAAUGGUGCGCUGUCCAACUAUUUUGGGUAUACGAACUGGGGCCCGGAGAGGACCGACUUCCCUCAGGGAGCAAUGGACGCCAAUGUUUACCCUGGCCGCACGAAACGCGUCUGGGUCGGGAUCCAGGGCAGCUCGUGGGACUCGAGACCUUUCCUCGGCCGGCUUCCUCAAUCUUUCACGAAGCGGCCUGUCAACAAUGCUGGAUGCAUUGAAGUGACCGGUGUGGAUUCUGCGAGACUGGCAUCUUGGUGUACAGCUCUCUGA